AAUCCAACGCUGGGAGAACGCUGCGAGACCCUCUACAUCGCCGUUUUAAAAGAACAUCUGCUUCUGCCGAACGAAUUCAGAUAAUGGAGCAUUCGAUUACUUCGGAAAUCACGGCCGGGAAUGGGAGAGCACAGUUUGACGCGUUUCCGAUCCAAAGAUCGGAUCUUUCAUCUUCUUUCCUUCCCAAUGAGAAGUUGGCUCGCGGUUUCAGCAACUUCAAGAAGAGCGGGGUUCCUUCCAGGUUCUUGCUUUUCUCUGAAGGUACCUGGGUGGACCUUGCACACAAGAUCUUCGAAGAAUUGAAAGCAGGUUUCUUGGCCGGCAAGACAAGGUUGGAGAUUGCUGAAUAUGAAAAGUUUUAUAUUUUCGACCUUCUUCGAAUGUCCAGGAUCGAUCUGAAUACAGGAAAGAGGAAUUCGAUUGCGUGGAUUGAUGUUCAGGGAAGGUGUUUCUUCCCAGUAGAUGAAAGAGAAAAUCUUUCAGAGUCGUUGGGUUUGGGAAUCGUCAAGAAAGAUCAUAUUCACUGCGGGAAAAGCCUCUGUGAUGAAAACACAGAGGUCUCGUCUAAUAGAUGGCCAGAUACCAAAUUGUUGAGUGAUGACGACAAGUUUUAUAAAGUCGUGGAAAAAUUGUUCCUUUCCGGGAUCAAAAAAUUCAUUCCAGACACUAUUAUCACUUCGAUACAUAAAUGCUUGCAUUCCAGUUCCUCAGCCAAUUCUCGGCUUUUGUCUUUCCAAUUUAAAAAGAGAGAAACAAUGGAAGCUCGAGGAAAUUCCAAUAUCAAAUUUGGAUGGUAUGGUUCGUCUACAAGUAAUGUUUCUGCAAUCUUGUCUGAUGGCUUUAGACAUCCAAACGGCGCCCAGCUUGGGAUUUCUAACCAUGGUUUUGGCAUUCAUCUCUCAUCGCCAUAUUCUCCUUAUGACAGUACUCUGCUAUCAGACGCUGAUGAAAAUAGUGAGAAGCAUUUGUUGCUUUGCAGAGUUAUAAUGGGAAAAUCUGAGAAAGUAGAGGCAGGUUCCAUCCAGGAUCAUCCCAGCAAUGAAGGAUUUGAUACUGGUGUUGAUGAUAUUAUGAAUCCGAAAUGGUAUGUGGUGUGGAACACUCACAUGAACACGCGUAUUAUUCCUGAUUUUGUUGUGAGCUUCAAGUCUUCAGGAAAUUCUAAAGGGCUGAAGAAGCCAUUGGGAGUGCAAAAGUUGUCUUCUGCGACAAAUCUUCCAUUUUGUAAGUUGUUUUCAGAGAUUGGAAGAAGCUUGCCUUCUUCCAAAAUGCAAGCUUUGGAGAUUUUUUACAAUCAAUAUAAGGUGGGAAGGAUUAGCAAAGAAAUGUUUAUUAGAUACAUGAGGUCCAUUGCAGGUGACCAGUUGCUGACUUCCACCAUUAGGAGAUUCAGGGUUCGUUAAGAAAAUAAAUUCAAAGUUCAAUGUGUUCCUACUUUGGGCUGUUGAGCCUUUUUUACCUUUUUUGAUUUGCAUACAAAUGUAUUUUUCAAAUUAAAGGAAUAAAAACAAAAUUGUUUUAAUUAGUUCA